AUGGGUUCCAAGAAGGCUGCUAUGGCAUCAACCGCCGCUCUUCUCCUCUCCCUCAACCUCCUCUUUUCCACCAUGGUUACCUCCCAACAAGAACCACCGCCUCCCAUGGCAACUCCUCCUCCACCACCACCCUCUACUUGUACCAUCGACACCACCAAUUUAGUUGGUUGUGUGACCCAGCUAUUGAUGAACACCACUACAGUGCUUGGUGAGGCCUCCCCAAUCAGCGACGGCUGCUGCAACGGCGUCCGCAACCUCGUCCGCUCUGUUGGCGAAAGGGAGGCAGCUCUUUGCCUUCUCAUCGACAUUCAACCAUUUGUUGCACUCAACCUAACUUUACUUACAGCCGUUGUAGACAACACACUCAGCGUCUGCGGCAAUGCCCCUCUCUAG